UCCGAACUCAUUCCUCCCCUAUAAAAUAUCGGCCUCCCCACCCCCUCCAUUCGCCAGCCAUUAUUAAUCCUCUCUCUUGUUUAAUUUGCCGCCUCCUCUCCUAGCUCUCUUCUAAAUUUUCCACCAAUUAAUCAUCUUACAGUUACAAUGGAUAAGCUGCCCAAAUGUCGAGCCAACUACUCGGCCCUCACCCCCCUCACUUUCCUGAAGAGGGCCGCCGCCGUUUACGCCAACCGCACCUCCGUCAUCUACCGCGGCGCUAGGUUCACUUGGGCCCAGACCUACGAGCGCUGCCGGCGCCUCGCCUGGUCGCUCCGCCGCCUCAACAUUUUAAAGAACGACGUUGUUUCUGUGCUGGCUCCGAAUGUUCCGGCUAUGUACGAGGUCCACUUUGCCGUGCCGAUGGCCGGCGCCGUCCUCAACACCAUCAACACCCGGCUCGACGCCAAAACCAUCGCCACCAUCCUCCGCCACUCGGAGGCCAAAAUCUUCUUCGUUGACUGCCAAUUCGUGGCCUUGGCGAGCGAGGCCCUCAGCCUCCUCAUGCAGGCCUCGGCUUCAUCUUCAGCCGAAUCUGCCAUGCCGCUCGUAAUUGUCAUCGACGACGUGGACUCCCCGACCGGGGUCCGGCUUGGCGAGCUCGAGUACGAGAAGAUGGUCCAGAAUGGCAACCCGAACUUCGUCCCCGACCAGAUUUCCGACGAGUGGGACCCCAUCGCUCUGAACUACACUUCCGGCACGACUUCGGCUCCCAAGGGCGUGGUCUACAGCCACAGAGGAGCUUAUCUGAGCACUCUCAGCUUGAUUCUCGGCUGGGAAAUGGGCUCCGAGCCGGUGUACCUCUGGUCUCUCCCGAUGUUCCACUGCAAUGGCUGGACGUUCACCUGGGGGGUGGCGGCGCGCGGCGGCACCAACGUCUUCAUCCGCAACACCACCGCCGAAGAGAUGUAUUGCAACAUUGCCCUCCACAAAGUUACCCACAUGUGCUGCGCGCCGAUCGUCUUCAACAUCCUGCUCGAAGCCGUACCGCACGAGCGCCGCGAACUCCCGACCACCGUCCAGAUCCUCACCGGCGGAGCCCCUCCCCCGGCUCCGCUGUUAGAAAAAAUUGAGCAGCUCGGGUUCCACGUUGUCCACGCCUAUGGACUCACCGAGGCCACCGGGCCGGCGCUUGUUUGCGAAUGGCAGGAGAGGUGGAACAGGCUGCCGUGCGAAGACCAGGCGCGGCUCAAGGCGCGACAGGGCGUCAGAGUUCUGACGCUGGACGACGCCGACGUUAAGGAUUUGAAGACGAUGCAAAGCGUGCCGAGAGACGGCAAAACUAUGGGCGAGAUCGUUCUCCGAGGCAGCAGCAUCAUGAAAGGCUACUUCAAAGAUGAAGCCGCCACCGCCACGGCCUUCCGUAACGGCUGGUUCAUCACCGGCGACGUCGGUGUCGUCCACCCGGACGGGUAUAUGGAAAUCAAGGACAGGUCGAAGGACGUGAUCAUCUCCGGCGGCGAGAACAUCAGCAGCGUGGAGGUGGAGACGGUGCUCUACCGCCACCCCAGCGUGCUGGAGGCUGCGGCGGUGGCAAUGCCGCACCCGCGGUGGGGAGAGAGCCCCUGCGCCUUCGUCGUCCUGAACAAGAGCGCUUCUGGCGAGGUUACGGAGGCCGAUAUCCUGAAGCAUUGCCGGAAAAACCUGCCCGGAUUCAUGAUGCCGAAAAAGGUGCAGUUCAUGGACGUGUUGCCCAAAACAUCGACCGGGAAGAUUCAGAAAAACCAACUGAGAGAUAUGGCGAAGACAUUGAAGCCGACAGUGACAGAGCCAGAUCAAUCCAGUAACAAGAAGCCGGGUCAGAUCAAGAGAGAACAGCCGGCUCGAUACGAAGAUCGGCCUCAAGAACAGAUACUGGCCGUGUCUCGUCUUUAAAGCAACGAUUAAUAGUAAUUACUACACAGUAUAAAUAAUUAAAAGGUAAUUUUGAGAAUAAAUCAUGUACAGAGAGGGAGAGAGCUUAUCGUGUCCAAGCAAGUGCUUGGUUAAUAUAUAUUGUCAAGAGUUCCAUAUAUAUAUUGAAUAAUAAUUUAAAUCAGCAGGAAUCUAUUGCAA